AUUGAAUGGGACAACGAAUUAAAGCUGCUGAUUGAUUUAAAAAAAGAAAUUGAGUAUAUCAAUGCAAGCCACAAUAAAAUUAAUUAUUUAAUAAGCACUAAAUAAAAAUUCUUAAGAAUAAAAAUCUUUAAUCAUUAGCAACGAUUGAUAAAACGAAAUUCACAUAAGAUUAAAUUAAAUAAAUGAUUCAAUAUGCUGCAUUUCCAGGAUAUUUAUUUUUAUUUAACGAUUCUAUUAGUUUGGGCAGUUCAUUCAAGUGGAUCUAUAAGAAGUGUUACAACAAAUGAUAGUCCAUUUCAAUGCGGUUCAGUAUUAUGUCGUCCAAUUUUCGAGACGUUUAAAAAAAAACAUAUACCACAUGGUUUUCUUUAUUUAACAACAAUUUCUGCAGGCGCAUCAAAUAUUUCUGUUAUGCAAAUGGAUCACAGUAAAAAUUUAUUAGUACUGAAAUCAACAGAAGAUCAUCAUUUUAUUUUAAAUGGUAAUGAUGAUCCAUCAGCAAAUGGAAUUUAUAAAUAUCAUGGAAAUUUAUUUGAAUAUAGAAGAGGAGAUGAUUAUGAAUUGAUACAAGCAACUGGGCCAAUUUCCAAAGCAAUUGAUUUAAUGAUAAAUGUGAAAGGUCCAAAUCCUGGAAUACAAUAUGAAUAUUUUCUUCCGGUAGCAUCUGGUUCAGUAUCUGGUGAUGAUGAAGCUGCAACAAGUUGGAAUGAACAAGGUUCUCCAUUAGACUAUUCUGAUGAAGCAAAAUCGGAUGAUUCAACAAGUGCUUCUCCAGUUGAUCGUAAACGGAAAAAAUUUAUGUGGAAAUUAAUUGGAUUUGGUCCAUGUUCAAAAACCUGCGGUGGUGGUCUUCAACCACCAAUUUUCCGUUGUAUACGGGAUUCACCAACAAGAUUUUAUUCGCCACGACGUUGUAUGCAUAUGGAGAAACCGACUUUUAAUGAAAUUAUUUAUAAAUGUAAUACUCAACCUUGCCCAGCUUAUUGGCAUACUGAAGAAUGGGAUGAUUGUCUUUGCCGUUUGGGUAAAGGUGUUCAUUCACGUGAAGUAAAAUGUGUCCAGGAAUUACAUGGCGGAGUUGCAAUACAAGUAGACGAUGAAGCAUGUGUAGCAGACGAUAAACCAUCAUCAAAAGAAUACUGCUCGUGUCCAAAACGUAAAAUUACCGCUAGAUCAAAUAAGCCAAGUAUUUAUGAACAUUUACAUGGUGUAACAAAUACAAUUCAAUUAAAUCCAAAUCAUUAUAAUAAUUCGAUACAUUCAACAACAAUAAAUAAAUUGAAACGGGGAACACAAAAAAAAUUUCGUGAUGAUCCAAAUGAUAGAUCUGGUAUGUGGUUAAUGUCCGAUUGGAAUCAAAAAUGUUCAGCUGAUUGUAGUUAUGCUGAUGGAAUUGAUGGUUUUGAACAUCGUUCAAUAUUUUGUGAUCGUACACCACCAUAUACUGAACGUUGUGAUUUACGUACAACACCAGAUACCAGUAGACCAUGUCAAAAUCAAGAAAUAUGUUCAUAUGGUAAUUGGUAUACUGGAAAAUGGAGUAAAUGUCAUGGUGAUUGUUUUAAUUUAAUGCGAAGAAGAGGUGUAUUAUGUAUUAAAAAUAAUGGAAUUGUUGAUGAUGAGGAAUGUGAAUAUGAUAAAAGACCAUUAGAUCGUGAACCAUGUCAAAUUAAUGAUGUUGAUUAUUGUAAUGCAAAAUGGCAUUAUUCUGAAUGGACAGAGUGUUCACACCCUUGUGGUGGUGGAUCGCAAAAGCGUUUUGUAAAAUGUUUAGAAAUCGAUCAAAAAGAAAAUAUUUUACGUGAAUCACAUAAAUGUAGAUACUCUGAUAGAGAGCCAGUUGUAAGCACCUGUAAUAAUCAAAAAUGUUAUAAAGAAAAUGAGGAACAAAAUAAUAUAAAUGAUGAUACAAAUUCCCAAACAAAUGAAUUAACAGCAUCCGAAUGUACAGAUAUAUUUCCAAAUUGUCAUUUAAUAGCAAAUCGUGAAAAAUAUUGUACAUUAAAUUAUUAUAAAAAAUAUUGUUGUAAAUCAUGUGAAUCCUUUAAUAAUUAUGUUUGAAUAAUAAUAAUAACAAUAAUAAAAUUUAACUUGUAAAAAAUUAAUAUGCAAAAAUUAAAAUUGUAAUUUGUAAUUAUAAAAUCAAAAUUUUCUCUCGAAAUUAAUAACUAACAUU